AUGGAUGAGUCUUUCUGCAGCGUGAGGUGUGAGGGAGGAUCUGAUCUUUGCAAUAUUACGGAGGUGAUAGAAGGAGGUUUUGACAGUGUGGCGGAUGUGGGGUUCAAGGGAGAGGGAGAUGAAGUCAAGGUCAAGGAGGAUGAGGAAGUUGAGGGAACCAGAGUCGGCAGAGAUGAGGAGGUCAUUGAGGACUUUGAGGAGAGCGGUUUCUGUGCUGUGGAGGGGGCGGAAGCCAGAUUGGAGGGAUUCAAAAAGGUUAUUGGCGUGGAGAUGGGAUUGGAGUUGUGUGGUGACGAUGCGUUCAAGGGUUUUGGAGAGGAAGGAGAGUCAGGUGGACCCCCGGAGCAGAACCCGUGCUUCACGGGUCGUCACGGCUGUGACAACAACGCCGUCUGUCGUCAUGGAGACGGACUCGAGUUCACUUGCGAGUGUUCCGCUGGCUUCAGCGGAGACGGGAGGACCUGCUAUGAUGUAGACGAGUGCCGGGCCGCCCCCCCAGUCUGUGGGCGGGACUCUGUCUGCACCAAUCAGCAAGGGAGUUUCCGCUGUGACUGCCCCGACGGCUUCCUACCCGGGGACCACAACACCUGCAUCAGGGAGGAGCUUCCAGUGGACCACUGCCAGACAGGACGUCAUGACUGUGAUGUCAUAGAGAGAGCAACGUGUCACUACACCGGAGGCUCCGCCUACCUCUGUUCCUGCCUGCCGGGUUACCUAGGAGACGGACGUGUGUGUGAGGAUGUGGAUGAGUGCCAGCAGGGUCGUUGUCACGGUGACGCGGUCUGCUUCAACACCCAGGGAUCCUACAUCUGUCAAUGCCGCCCAGAUUUCCAAGGCGAUGGUUUCCACUGUAGCCCCGUUUCCACAGAGCGGGAGCCGACAGCGUGUGAGCGCCACAGAGACAGCGUGAAGGCGCCCCCUAGCGAAGGCCUCCUGUCGUUCUUCCGGCCGCGCCCGGCGGUUGGUCAGUACGUCCCCCAGUGUGACGAGGGCGGGGCCUACCGGCCCACCCAGUGCCACCCCACCGCCGCCCAGUGCUGGUGUGUCGACCCCCGCGGGCAGGAGGUCCCCAGCACCCGCACCGCAGACACACACCCCCUCUGUAUCGACCAGGCCGUAGCUCCGCCCACGGCAGGCCCCGCCCCCAGGCCUGAUGUCAUCCCGGUGGCACCGGGAGCCCGCCUCCUGUUCGCCCAGAGCGGGAAGAUGGAGCAGAUCCCCCUGGAUGGAGACGCCAUGAGGAAGGAGCUCACCUCCACCCUGCUGCACAUCCCUGAUCGCGUGGUCAUCUCCGUGGCGUUCGACUGUGUUGAUCAAAUGGUGUACUGGAGUGACAUCACCGGCCCCGCCAUCAGCAAGGCCAGCCUAAGCGGUGGAGACAUCAUCCCCGUCAUUACUACAGGUCUGGAGAGCCCCGAGGGUGUGGCGGUGGACCACGUGUCCCGGCUGCUGUUCUGGACCGACUCCAUGCGCGACACCGUGGAGGUGUCCCAGCUCGACGGCAGCCAGCGCCACGUCCUGUUCGACACGGACCUGGUCAACCCCCGGCCCAUCGUGGUGGAUCCCACCUACGGCCGACUGUACUGGGCGGACUGGAACCGCGACGGACCCAAGAUCGAGACGGCCAACAUGGACGGCUCGGAGAGGACGGUUCUGGUGAAGGAUGACCUGGGCCUGCCCAACGGCCUGACCUUUGACCCGGAGACACAGCUCCUCUGCUGGGCCGAUGCAGGCACACGGAAGGUGGAGUGCUGGGACGCCGGUCACCGGGUGCGUCGUCAGGUGGUCUCUGGGGUCCAGUACCCCUUCAGCCUCGCGUCGUACGGAGGAAACCUGUUCUACACCGACUGGAGGAGGGCGGCGGUUGUGACGGUGGAUCGCAGUGCGGAGAGAGAGACGGACGAAUUCCUGCCUCAGAAGCGUUCCCAGCCAUACGGGAUCACCGUGGCAACCACACAGUGUUACCAAGGAUACAACUACUGCUUCAACAACGGCGGCUGCUCCCAGCUGUGUCUCCCUCGCCCCGGGGGCUUCACCUGCCGCUGCCCCUCCCAUGGAGACGGCACAUGCUAGGACAGGAAGCUGGUCCGCCAGACAGGAAGUGACAUGAGUCUGCUGACCGGGAGCGGCUAAUUAUAACUCCCCAUCCGAGGCCGACGGAGGAGGCUUACAUUGCUGACAAACAAGUGUGUUUAUAAGUGUACUACUAACACGCUCACGUGUUUAUAAGUGUACUGUUGACACAGUGGUGUGUUUAUAAGUUUACUGUUGACACACUCGCGUCUUUAUAAACGUACUGCUAAAGCAAUAAUGUGUUUAUAAGUGUACUGCUAAAUAACACACUAGUGUGUUUAUGAGUGUACUGCUGGCACACUAGUGUGUUUAUAAUUGUACUGGGUUCUUUCUAAAUGCUACUUGAAGGAACCUUAUCUGCCAGAUGUGGAGAAGGCUACAACAAAACCUGUUGAAGAGCUUUUAAAGAACAUUUCCAAACUUUCAGGAAACAUUUUCAGGGAGUUUCCAUUUUUAUAAACGAUCAUACACAUCCAGCGCUCAGGACUCAUCACUGUGAAAGCGUGUCCACGCUUUUCUAUAUGAACACGCUCACAUUGAAUUAUUAUUAUUGUCAUUGUUAUUAUCAUGAACAAGCACCAAGUCCAACCAAUGGGCCUUAUUCAUCAAGCAGCCAUCUUCCACACUCAUGGCCGAGGGAGACUGCUCUCCUUCUUUCCUUUUGAUUGUUUGAUCGGUUGGCCAACUGUGGGGUCAACGCUACACUCAGGAGGACGGAGCCAAGGGAAGGAUUUCCGUCAUUUGAUUCUUGAACAAAAUUACCACUACUUUGAGAUGGAAGAUCUUUUUGAGCUAGAUGAAUGUUUAUUAUUAAUAUUAUAAUAUGACAUCAAACUGUAGCUUUGUGCAGCAGUGCUUGAAGUCCUGGUGUUUUAUUAAUACUCUUGUGUAUCGUAUUUAGAAAAGAGUAUUUAUCGAUAGUUCUACUGAACUCAAGCAAAGUUAGCUAGAAAUGCACUGCUUUUGUUUUUGUUUAACCAAGAAAUUGUAAAUAAUUUCCCACAAUAUAAACAUUGUCUGACAUAUUACCCUUCUUUCCAUCAAUCAAUAUGUAUAUGUAUCAUCUAUCGAUUUUCUACUGUUUUCUACUGUCUUACUUACGUUCCAAAGAGAGCCAUGUUACUUGCGUUGCAUACGCAUAUAAAACCAAAUAUCACUGUUUAUUCGGGCGGUAUCUUGAAUAAAGAACAAAAUGUACAGCCUCAAUAAA